AUGCCACCGGAGCACCAGGACUCCCAACACUCUGGCUAUGGCCAAAGGGGGUGGGUGAGCGUGCCAAACAACUACUCCAGCAGUCCUCAAACGACCAUGUCGCCAAUGCACGAAUUUCCUCCGUUUGAGUACCAUUCGACCACGCCGAUGCCCAUGGAGCCGUCCUACUCCAUGCCUAGGCCAUCGCCUUUUGCUUCUUCUCAUGCGCAGCAGAUGCCGCCACCAUUGAUCAUGCCUCACAGCGGGUUAUGGCCGAGUAUGUUGGCAAGCCAACCCCAGCAGAACUACCAGACCCCUAUUCUGCCGUCUGGGACGCUUCAAACUCCAUUGUCGGCGAGUACUGGGUCAGACAUUACUCCGACGAGCGCGAAGACGUCAUCACGUCGCAAGUUGACCGAUGACGAACGUCGCCAGAUGUGCAUUGAGGCUGAACAGAACCCGAUGAUGAAGCAAACCCAGAUCGGAGCCAAAUUCAACGUGGAGAGAAGCACGGUGUCGAAGAUCCUGCGUCAGCGUGAUAAGUAUAUGAACCCGCAACCGAAAGACGGCAAUACCAGCCCGAGCAAGAAGUCAAAAGCAAAACUGCCCGACUUUGAGAAAACCCUCGCCAACUGGGUCAAAAACCAGCAGAAGAAAGGGUUGCCAAUUACCGAUGAGGACCUCCGCAAGCAGGCUCAAGUCUUCUCCUUCAGCAGGAGUGACCAAGCAGUCGUGUCCAGUGUAGCUUGGCUGGACAAGUUCAAGCGCAAGAACCACCUCACGGCUUCCGACGCCGAGGGAGAGCAGGGUCUCAUGGACUCUAACACGGCGUCGCUCCGAGAAACAUCCAUCAAUGACUCUCCAACCUUGUCUGGCGGGCUUGUGUCACCUCCCAUGUCGGCCAUGGAUGAAACAGCUCACGACACAGGCCUCAAGCUAGAAAAUGCGCAAGAUUUCUUCGACUUUGAGGAAAAGGGUUCCUAUGAGCGUACGCCGAAACUGGAGAUGGAACAACUGACUCAAGACUCAAUUCUUCCCCCAACAUCACCUGAAAUGGUUCACAGGGACCCGGAUGGGAUACCACUGAUGGAGGGCGCACAAGAUUCCGCAGAAGCAUCGAUUCGCCAGAGGAGCCAGACCUAUCCACAUGCUGCAGACCUAGGGUGCGGUUCACGUCCUUCUUCGUCCAGCCAGAAGGCGCCGUCUCUCCCUGUCCGGUCUUUAACCAACACCACGAUUGAGACUCGGCCAACGGCCAUUGACCCUAGACAAAUGAUGAAACGGCAUAAGAGUGUCCCGGACAUUCACUAUCCGCAGCAAGUGCAGUUCUCAUCUAUGCAGCCUCCACCAUUACCCAGGUCGGCAGAUACUUCUCCAGUCAGCAACCCUGCAUCGCCCGUGGACGAUGAUAACAUUCGAGCACUGCAUGCCAUCAAAGAAUUGCUGGAGCAGAAUCCCAAUGUCGCCGAGCCCGAUGACUAUCUGGCGAUUGGGAAACUGAUGCAAAAGCUGAAGCUGCUCCGGCCCACCGCCACCACGCUGCCCGGUGGCAUGCACCCGAUGGACAUCAUGGAUAGUCCUCGCAUCUCCAAGAAGAGGACCAUCCUCGGCAUCUCGACCUAG